AUGUGCAAAAUUGCAAGAAGGGGGUUUAGCGUGGACGUGGACGUGGACAUGGACGUGGACGUGGACGUGGACAUGGACGUAGACAUGGACGUGGACGUGGACAUGGACGUGGACAUGGACGUGGACGUGGACGUGGACGUGGACAUGGACGUGGACAUGGACGUGGACAUGGACGUGGACAUGGACAUGGACGUGGACGUGGACGUGGAGAUGGACGUGGACGUGGACGUGGACGUCGACGUGGACAUGGACGUGGACGUGGACGUGGACGUGGACAUGGACGUGGACGUGGACGUGGACGUGGACGUGGACAUGGACGUGGACGUGGACAUGGACAUGGACAUGGACAUGGACAUGGACGUGGACGUGGACGUGGACGUGGACGUGGACGUGGACGUGGACGUGGACGUGGACAUGGACGUGGACAUGGACGUGGACAUGGACGUGGACAUGGACGUGGACGUGGACAUGGACGUGGACGUGGACAUGGACGUGGACGUGGACAUGGACGUGGACGUGGACAUGGACGUGGACAUGGACGUGGACUUGGACGUGGACGUGGACGUGGACGUGGACAUGGACGUGGACAUGGACGUGGACAUGGACGUGGACGUGGACAUGGACGUGGACAUGGACGUGGACGUGGACGUGGACGUGGACGUGGACAUGGACGUGGACGUGGACGUGGACAUGGACGUGGACGUGGACAUGGACGUGGACGUGGACAUGGACGUGGACGUGGACGUGGACGUGGACGUGGACGUGGACAUGGACGUGGACGUGGACGUGGACGUGGACGUGGACGUGGACAUGGACAUGGACGUGGGCGUGGACGUGGACGUGGACAUGGACGUGGACGUGGAGAUGGACAUGGACAUGGACAUGGACGUGGACGUGGACGUGGACAUGGACGUGGACGUGGACGUGGACGUGGACAUGGACGUGGACGUGGACAUGGACAUGGACAUGGACGUGGACGUGGACGUGAACGUGUACGUGGACGUGGACGUGGAUAUGGACGUGGACGUGGACGUGGACAUAGACGUGGACGUGGACAUGGACAUGGACAUGGACGUGGACGUGGACGCGGACAUGGACGUGGACGUGGACGUGGAUUUGGACGUGGACAUGGACAUGGGUUUAGGGUUUAGGGUUUAG